AUGGGAGACCUGUUUAUGCUCAGGGUGGCUGUGGGCAUAUGCUAUGCCACCUUCAGUGCCUCUGCCUGGUCAGUGAACAAUUUCCUGAUAACAGGUCCCAAGGCCUAUCUGACCUACACUACCAGCGUGGCCCUGGGUGCCCAGAGUGGCAUCGAGGAGUGUAAGUUCCAAUUUGCUUGGGAACGCUGGAACUGCCCCGAAAAUGCUCUCCAGCUCUCCACUCACAACAGACUGAGAAGUGCUACUAGGGAGACUUCCUUCAUUCAUGCUAUCAGCUCUGCUGGAGUCAUGUACACUAUCACCAAGAACUGUAGCAUGGGCGACUUUGAAAACUGUGGCUGUGAUGAGUCAAAAAAUGGAAAAACAGGAGGCCAUGGCUGGAUCUGGGGGGGCUGCAGUGAUAAUGUGGAAUUUGGGGAAAGGAUCUCCAAACUCUUUGUGGACAGCCUGGAGAAGGGAAAGGAUGCCAGAGCCCUAAUGAAUCUUCACAACAACAGGGCAGGCAGGCUGGCAGUGAGAGCCACCAUGAAGAGGACCUGCAAAUGUCAUGGCAUCUCAGGGAGCUGCAGCAUCCAGACAUGCUGGCUGCAGCUGGCUGACUUCCGGGAGAUGGGAGACUACCUAAAGGCCAAGUAUGACCAGGCACUGAAAAUUGAGAUGGAUAAGCGGCAGCCAAGGGCUGGGAACAGUGCUGAGGGCUGCUGGGCACCCACUGAGGCCUUCCUUCCCAGUGCAGAGGCUGAGCUGAUCUUUUUAGAGGAAUCGCCAGAUUACUGUACCCGCAAUUCUAGCCUGGGCAUCUAUGGCACAGAGGGUCGGGAGUGUCUGCAGAACAGCCACAACACAUCCAGGUGGGAGCGACGCAGCUGCGGGCGCUUGUGCACCGAAUGUGGCCUGCAGGUGGAAGAGAGGAAGACUGAGGCUAUCAGCAGCUGUAACUGCAAAUUCCAGUGGUGCUGUACAGUCAAGUGUGACCAGUGUAGGCAUGUGGUGAACAAGUACUACUGCAGGCGCUCCCCAGGCAGUGCUUUGUCCUGGGGCAAGGGCAGCACAAGAUAGCACCCCACACAAACUCAUUUGCUCAGUUGCAUGACAGUGGAGGGGGACACAGCUUCUUUCUUGGAAAGAGAAGAUUGGAAAACAAUUGGAAAAUCACAAGGUUGGUCUGUAGUCCUCUUGAUAUAUGCUACACAUGGGGAAACAGAGGCCUGAGUUUAUACAGCAUAUUCUUGACAGAGCUGAAAUUGGGACCUGGGCCUCCUAACUUGGGCAGACCCCAUUUCAUCUUUCCUACAAGUUACAUCCUGAUCUUUGUGCCUGUGCUUUUGCAGCUUGCUAAAGGGGGAGUUUGGUUUGGGGUCCAUAUCCAGAAGGACCUUCAAAGUACUUGUCCCUGUACGUUUCAGACCAUGUCCAACCCAGUGUGCUGAGAAUCAGAAGGAAUGGAAGCAAAAAAUGAAAGAGUUCUGUCCAGACUCCUGAAGGAGCAACCUUCCCCUAGUCUGGCUAGCUCCAGAAAGACCAACUACAAGUUCAGGCAGAUCAGUGGGGCAGAGACACAUACUUGCCUAAUGGGAGGUUUUUACGGUGUUGGGUUUUUCACCUGAGUAUGCACUUUUGAAAAGUUCUUCCCACCUAACCCUGGGGAAACCAGGACCUAACAUAACCUGAGGACUCUUCCAGCUCAGAAACUAUCUCUGGAGCCACCAAGAAGGACCAGUCACAGUAAGUGGACUUACACAGGUGACUACAACUUAUCCAGACAAGGCCCCCCAGGAGGGAUUUUCCCCCAAAGAGCUGUAAAAUGACUCUGUUUUAUUUUCCCA